AUGAAGAGUCUUUUUUACUUUCUUCUUUUGCGGAUUUCGUUGGGAGAAGAAUCAAAGUGUUUCUACGGAAACUGCCAUGACAUUGUCGCGGAUAAGCUUAACGUACAUCUUGUACCACACACGCACGAUGACGUCGGCUGGCUGAAAACAGUAGAUCAAUAUUAUUACGGGUCAAACGACACGAUCAAAUGGGCGAAUGCAGGAGUCCAGUACAUUCUAGACACUGUUGUGCCGAAUCUCCUUGCGGAUCCGUCAAAACGAUUCAUCUUCGUGGAAACUGCUUACUUUUGGCGAUGGUGGGAAGAGCAAGAGCAGUUGAUGAAAGAUAACGUUCGCAAAUUGGUUGAGACCGGACAACUUGAAUUUAUUCUUGGUGGAUGGUGCAUGAAUGACGAGGCGACUGUUCACUACACAGGGAUGAUCCAACAGCUUUCGCUUGGAGUUAGUGAAAGGGUGACACCGUGA